AUGGCUCUUGCGCUCCUCACCCGUCAAGCGCUCAGGGCUAGCGCAAUUUACAGCCACGUAGUCUCUAGCAGGCCCACCAAGGCGCUUUUCGGGCGACCCGCGGGCUUUUCGGCUGCUGCUGCGCCCAAGGGCAAGCAGCCUCCCCCGCCACCCGUUGAGGAUGAGCCCGAGCUGGAUGAGGGCAUGGACUACGAUCCCAUGGAGGACCUCACGGUCCCGCAGCGUCGCCGCGUGUUGGCCAUGAAGGAAGUCCAGAAGAAGUACGACGCCAUUCAUAACGAGUACCAGAAGGAGUUGGCGGCGCUGCAGCACAAGUACAAUGGGAAAUACGUCCCCAUCUUUGACGAGCGUCGUGAUAUUUUCACUGGGAAGACGGCCAUCACAGAGAAGUACGAUUUGCAGGACGACGGAGAACCCGACGGCCCCGUACCUGAGUUCUGGCUGAACGCGCUCGCCAACCACAACAAGGUGGGGGCGUUCAUCACCGAGCGGGACAGCGAAGUCCUCAAAUACCUCGAGGACAUUCGCAGCGAGGUACUCUUGGGUGAGGAGCGGGGCUUCAAACUGCUGUUCUACUUCCGUGCGGAUAACCCGCACUUCUCUAACAAGGUCCUUGAAAAGGUCUACGUGCUGGAGCCCGAAGACGACGUUGUGCCGAAGAACUUCACGGGCACCGCCAUCGCCUGGAAGCCCGGUCGGGAUGUGACGGUGGAGGAGAGCAAGAGGCGUGUCAAGGGGGGCAAGGGCGACAAGUCCAAACCAGCUUUCGUUGUGGAGAAGGUUCCCUGCGACUCGUUCUUCACCAUCUUCGACCCGCCAAAGGUUCCCACGGAGGCCCAGGCCACCAUUAUGAGCGAGGAGGAGCUGGAGGAGGUGGAGGAGGCGCUUGCGAACGACUUCGACAUUGGAUUUGCGAUUAAGGACCAGAUCAUCCCUCGCGCGGUGGAAUGGUUUACGGGGGAAAUCGCGCCCAUUUCACCUGACGAGUACGACGACGAGUACGAGGAGGGCGAAUACUAA